AUGAAGUUUUACAUAUCUGCUGCGGGGAUAAAGAAAGUCACCAUAACGAGUCCCGGCGGAGUAAUCGGUAAAGGAGGAUGCGCGGCGGCACGGAGGUUUCCUGGCCGCACGUUGAUACUGUUGCUGCUGGUGCUCGCGAUCGUCUUGCCUUUUGUAUUCGUGAGGUUCGCGUUUCUUGUGCUCGAAUCUGCCUCCGUUUGUGAUUCUCCUCUUGAUUGCAUGGGGCUGAGACUUUUCCGUGGGGGUGACACAUCGCUCAAAAUUAGGGAAGAGUUGACACGGGCGCUAGUGGAAGAGACAAGUCAGGACGGUAAUGGAAGAGGACAUAAGGGCUCAUUGGAGUCAUUUGAUGAACUUGUCAAGGAGAUGACGUUAAAACGCCGUGAUAUAAAGACGUUUGCUUCCGUGACUAAGAAGAUGCUGUUACAGAUGGAACGUAAACUCCAAUCAGCAAAACAUCAUGAGUUAGUGUACUGGCAUUUAGCUUCCCACGGUGUUCCCAAAUGCCUCCACUGCCUUUCCCUCAGGUUAACAGAAGAGUACUCUGUAAACGCAAUGGCUCGAACCCGUCUGCCUCCACCUGAAUCCGUUUCUCGUCUAACCGAUCCAUCUUUUCACCAUGUUGUCAUCUUGACAGACAAUGUUCUGGCUGCUUCCGUCGUCAUAUCUUCCUCUGUACAAAACGCUGUGAAUCCAGACAAGUUUGUAUUUCAUAUUGUCACCGAUAAGAAAACAUAUACCCCUAUGCACGCUUGGUUUGCUAUCAACUCUGCUUCAUCACCGGUUGUUGAAGUAAAAGGUCUUCAUCAGUAUGAUUGGCCUCAAGAAGUGAAUGUUAGAGUUAAAGAGAUGCUUGAUAUUCACCGCAUGAUUUGGAGACGUCAUUAUCAGAAUCUGAAAGAUUCUGAUUAUAGUUUCUUGGAGGGUACUCAUGAGCAGUCCUUGCAAGCUCUAAACCCUAGCUGCCUCGCUCUUUUAAACCAUCUUCGUAUCUACAUUCCAAAGCUUUUUCCAGAACUAGACAAGAUAGUGUUGUUGGAUGAUGAUGUUGUGGUACAGCGUGACAUUUCGUCUUUAUGGGAAACUGAUCUCAACGGUAAAGUAGUUGGUGCAGUUGUUGAUUCGUGGUGCGGAAGUAACUGUUGCCCUGGAAGAAAAUAUAAAGACUAUUUCAACUUCUCACAUCCUCUCAUCUCAUCAAACUUACUUCAAGAUGACUGUGCUUGGCUUUCUGGUAUGAAUGUUUUUGAUCUCAAAGCAUGGAGACUAACCAAUAUCACAGAAGCUUACUCCACAUGGUUAAGACUAAGUGUUAGUUCCGGGCUACAACUAUGGCAACCAGGAGCAUUACCACCAACUCUACUUGCUUUCAAAGGACUCACACAGCCUCUGGACCCAUCAUGGCACGUAGCAGGACUAGGAUCUCGAUCUGUUGAUUCCCCUGAAGAGAUUCUGAAAUCUGCUGCGGUUUUACAUUUCAGCGGUCCAGCAAAACCGUGGCUAGAGAUUAGUAACCCUGAGAUACGAUCUUACUGGUAUAGAUACGUAAAUUCAUCAAACAUCUUCGUUAGGAAAUGUAAAAUCAUGAACUGA